UCGACAACGCAUUGGACUUGACGUCAGGACUCGGAGCUUUGCGAACCCACUGACGUUUUCUAACGAGUGUGUUACGUAUGAGAUAUCUAUACGACGAAAAUGGCACAUCGCCUGGAUAAACUCUUUCGAGUGAGUCGAAGCACCAGCCCAGCCAGGAAGUCGAAACCACUACGGCAAGGCUCUGACAGACCGGGCUCUCGAUCCGCAAAUCCCAGUGACGUUUCGACCCGCGUUUUAUAUAUACGAAUCACUAUAUCCGCUCUAAACAACGUGGGGAGCAACGCGACCCUCUCCCACGUAGAUUGAUUGAAAAUAAAAAGUCUCUUUUCGCACUAUGCGCUACUGAACCGGGAUCCCAAACAAAAGGAGACUCAAACAAAUGUUUCUCCGGGGCGUCGGAAGCUUUAACACUUACAUAAAAUUCAAUUUUUUUGUCCAAUGGAUUUUAACCCUCGUGCGUCAUAAGCAAUUCGCUCGCGUUUUUCUUUUUUUUUUUUUUAUUCCGUUUUUAAUUCUUUUUGACGUGUGACGGAGGAUCAUGUUCAUUUUUCUCGAAUAAUUUAUCUUCCGUUUCAAAAUCACUCCGUAAAAGCCAUUUUUUAAGGAUCGUUCAUUAACAUUCUCAAUAUGCGGAGGAUGAAUUUUUUUGGUACCGUAAAAAUGGAUUUCGAAGUCCUGACAAAUACGAAGGUUACUCAUCGAUGCUUUGGACACUGAAAUAUGAUUUCUGAGUGAAUGAGGAUUAUUUUGAUGGUUUUUUAUGUGAAAUUUUAAAAUAUUGAAAAUUUUUAAUAAAAGAAACACGAACGAUGUUUGGAUAAUUGAAAUUUUUUAUUGUUCCAACGUAUCGAGUGUUCGAAUUUCGAAUUUGUGGCGAAUCAAUGGGGACCCAUCGAAACGCGUGCAUUGCGCGCAUAACUCGAGAGCACGAGCCGAACGACGAGAUAACGCGUUGUGCGACGAGCGAGGGCUUUACGAAAUAGUUCGCUUCCUGCGAGUCACCGGACGAAUUAGAGCGUGUGAAAAAUUGACGAGUGAACACGUGACCCUGAAAUGACCUCUGGAAAUGUCGGAGGAUGAUACGCAGUGUAUUGUAUUGUACUUUCGGAACAAUCAAUUCCGUUGGAUUCUGGAACGGAGGCGAGUAAGAAAGAAAAUAAUCUGAUUUUCGAUAACGCGCGCGACGAACUCUUGCGGCGGUCGCCCGAAAUUACUUUGCGAACGCGCUUAUGAUGUUUCGCCACGCCCCACUUCGACUUCACCCUCUCCCUCGUCGCUCGCUCUUUUCUCGAUUGUACACUCUUUCCUCGUCACUCGGAGACUCCCGGAGCUGCCCGAAGGCCUCGUCCUCGUCCUUCGCGCCCUUUCACUUUCGUCUCUCGUGGCCUACAGAUGAAAUUCAUGAAAUAUGUAUACCCCUUCGUAUACAUACACGUUGAGGUUAUUUCGCUCUCGCCAACGUCCACAAGUGAGAUUAAAAAGUAAAAAGAGACAAAGAGAAAAAAACGCGGACGGGAUUCCAGGUGCAUUGCGUGCUAGCAUUUACCUGACUUCAAUGCUCCAACCCGUUUCGAGAGUGUUUGCUUAGGCCGUGUCUAUUUAUAGAUUGUAUCCCCGCGAGUUGAAGAAUUCGCGAAUUAACAUAUUGUGUCUCUGAAAUUUCGAAAUCUGCAGUGAAAACAUCCGAAAAAAAACUCGGCGCAGAUCAAAAUUUUGAUAUUUUUCAGCCCCACUAAAUAAAUCUGCGCAAACGACUUUCCCUUAUCACGAUCGCUGACAAUCAGUGUUUUCAAACUUUCUUGAAUAAUGAACCGCUAAAACUUUGCUGUGCACAGAUUUUCAUCAUCACGAAAAACAAACAAACGGAACGGCCAGCCUGAAAACUCACUGGAGACCUACUUCCCUCGGUCCAUUAAUAUUUUUGUGUACCGUGAAAAUAAUUUGAAUCUUAGAAAGUACGAUCAAGCCUCAUGCUCGAAAUUGCUCUAAAUCUUAUUUUAAAUCGUAAGCUUCGUAUAAAACUACAAGAGGAUUCCCGUCAUCGGCCAACCGCGCGAUCCAACGAGGGGAAAGUAGCGAAAAGGUUUUUAAGAGACACUAUAAAAUUGAUGCUUCAUCAGACAGACGAGAGUAAUGUAGAUCGCGCAUAUUUACCGAGACUAAUCGACGUUGCGUUGGAAGAGGAGCCGAGACUUGGCGGUUUCAAUUGAAAUACAAUUUCUCCAAAAUGGAUCCACGGAGGAGGAUUUUUGAAAUUUUUUCCAUUCUCCACACAAGGUAUCAGGAGCAAAAUAAACUUUGUAUUUUUUCGAAUACCCCUUUCGAUUUGAAAAAAAUAAAUAAAUUUGUUCUCUUGCUCGCAACGACGUUGUUUCGCUCAAUAUGACAAUUCUAACCUCUCCAACCGCUUAAAAUUGUUCUUUCAUCACAUACGUGGUUUCGCUGUUUUUUUUUUAUUGGUAAAAGUAGUGAAAGGUGUAUCGGGCUAGCGAUUUCAACAAUCUUUACGUAUCAUCGUAUCGAACGAUCGAUUAUGCAAGUCUUCAUCGCAGUUACAUUUCCUCACUGCGGCGUGCAACUCGAUAUGCAACGAUGAGUUUUGAAAAAUAUUUUUUUUUUUUGUCGUAAUCACGUGAAAUGAUUCGUUUUAUUAGAUCCGAGCGAGAAAGAGCGCUCUUGCACUCGCAGGUCCCAUUUUUCUGACAAACAUAUUCGAAAAUUGUUGUUAUCGCGUGAUAAGAAUAAUAGUUAUUUUAGAAACGUACGAUAUAUUCGUGCUGAGGUUCUGGCAGAAACAACAAUUUUUAGUUAAACCACGGAAAUUUGAAGAUUAAAUGAGAGAAAAAAUGAUCUUCGAGUAGCUCGAAAGAUAAACCCGCUCUGCCGCUGCUUCGUAUUGACAUCGGACAACACGUUAUUGGCUCAUCAUCCGCAGUUCUCGGAAUAAGCAGAUUGCCGAUUCGCCAGAACCGAUGAUUUCCAGCCAAUCGCAACUGCCAUCCUAGACUCAAAGACGCACGAAAAAAUGCGACUUUAAAAUCCGCUCAUUCGUUGACGCAAUUCGAUAGAUUUUGAAAUGUCAUCGAUGUUGAGUUUUCUUCAAAUAGUUCCACUGGAAUUAUACUGUUUCUACACAUAUAAAAAUUGAGGUUUGGAAAGGAUAAAUAGAGGAGGGGGGAGUGUUGUUCAGAAACGCCGGUAUAAAAAAAAAUAUGGCCGCUCCACGUUUACUUAUAACGACGCGAACCGAACCUGUUCAACCACGAACCGGUUUCAAACUAGUUUUCCUUUGCUUUUUCGACACGUACGUACCGAUUUUCACCAUGUUUACGACGACUUAACGCAUAUUCAUUCGUUUCUACUUCGUUCUGGAGAAUAUCAUGCCACAGAGCCAAAUGAAUGGAGAUCCAGAGACUGAGAUAGAAAUCAAAGUAGAGCCGUCACUUCAAAAUUAUGUUGAAGAAAACGACAUGGAUUUCCCAGGUUAUGACAAGAGUCCUUCGACGCAGGCAAAUAUCAACAUGGAAUCGUCUUCAUGGACGAGCCAUGCAACAACAUGUCUCAUAAAUCAGUACAAAAGGUUUCAUUCUAUGGUGGGGCAAACUGCGAGAUUGAGAAGUCGGAGAGAAAUGUAUGAGAUAAUUUCUCUCGAGAUGCAGAAGCAUGGCUAUGCUUUCAGUCCACAGAAAUGCGAGAAUAAGUGGAAAGUUCUCGAAAGAAAGUACAAGAAUCUCAUUUUUAGAGAACGAUUGAAAAAACCUGGCAGAAUCAAACACUACGGUCAUUGGGAACACAGGAGAGCGCUGGAUGAAAUUUUCCAUGAAACUAGGAGCCAAUUCUAUUUGGAUGAAAAAGAUUCACCAGUGCCCAGCAGUGCCAUCAGAUUGGUUCAACAACCUGUUACUGAAACCGAUUUAAAAACCAAAGAAAAUGAAGUUGACACCGCAUUGACAAGUAAUCCAGCGGAAACACCAAAAAGUAGAGACCCGUUUGCUAUUUUUCAAACCCUUCUUAUUGCUAUGAAUAAAAAUAUUGCCAUCGCAGAAGCGAAUAGUGAACGGAGACACAGAGAAAGAAUGGUUCUUAAACAAGCAAAGCUUGAGAUACAAAGAAAAAUGUUAGAAUUGAAGGAACAAAAAGUAGCCUGUAAAAAGUCAAAGAAACUAAUCAAGUAAUGAACUUCUUCUAAGUCAUCAUUUGACGUCGCCUUUCAACCAAGAUGCAUUACUAUGCCAAAUACGUAUUAAAAUAUUCCUCGUAAGGUUCGACUGGUAGGUUCGACGAGCUCGUAGACACGUCAAAUACGUUUAAUAGAAAAAUCUGUGAUUUGUAAACCUACGCUAUUCACGUUCAAAUAAAGAAUAUUUUUACUAAUGUUUUUA